AAACAAAAGAACAAUUCCUUGCGUAAAGUAGUAGAAAGUAGAAUCCAGAAACCACUCUUCACUCACUCAUUCAUUCAUUCCUUACCGAGUUUCAGACGAAUGGAGUCCGACGAAGACGAAGUGAUGCAGAGGGUCCCACUGAGCGAGAGACCGGAGUGGUCCGACGUGACUCCUGUCCCGCAAGACGAUGGUCCGAACCCGGUUGUCCCAAUCGACUAUAAGCCUGACUUUGUCGAAACCAUGGACUACUUCCGAGCCAUCUAUGUCGCCGACGAGCGAUCCUCUCGUGCUCUCAAUCUCACCGCCGAAGCCAUUUCCUUCAACCCCGGCAAUUACACUGUAUGGCAUUUCAGGCGUUUAGUACUCGAGGCACUUGAUAUUGACUUGCAAGUUGAAUUGGAUUUUAUCGACAACAUUGCUAAGAAUAAUUCAAAAAAUUAUCAGAUAUGGCAUCAUAGGCGGUGGGUUGCUGAAAAAUUGGGAACUGAUGCUGCAGACAAGGAACUUGAGUUCACCAAGAAGAUACUAUCCGCUGAUGCGAAACAUUACCAUGCCUGGUCCCAUAGGCAGUGGGUUCUGCUGGCGCUAGGGGGAUGGGAAGAUGAGCUUGACUACUGUCGGGAGCUCCUUGAAGAAGACAUUUUUAACAAUUCUGCUUGGAAUCAGAGAUACUUUGUUAUAACAAGAUCUCCCCUCCUGGGAGGCCUAGAGGCUAUGAAAGAGUCUGAAGUGAGUUACACUGUUGAAGCCAUUCUGGCCCACCCAGAGAAUGAGAGCCCAUGGAGAUACCUUCGAGGGCUUUACAAAGGCGACACUCAGUCUUGGGUGAAUGAUCAUCAAGUUUCCUUACUGUGUUUGAGGGUUUUGAAUACCAAAAGCAACUUUGUGUUUGCUCUGAGCACACUUUUGGAUCUUCUCUGCCAUGGUCUCCAACCAAGUCAAGAGGCCAAAGAUGUCGUCGCGGCUCUAGAGAUGUCGGGCACUGUUGAACCAGAUUCUGACUUGGCAAAAUCAGUUUGCUUUAUCUUGGAACAUGUAGACCCUAUCAGAGCUAACUAUUGGCGGUGGCGUAAGAGCAAGCUUCCACAUGCGACUUAAUAUCUUUAGGACUAAUGGAUGAGCUGGUUGCUUCUUCUCACUGUCAAUUCGUCUUCUGGUUAUUUGUGUCUACAGGUCGAGUUGGAUACAUGGUCAUGAUCCUUGGUAAUAUGUUUGCAAGGAUAUUUUUGUCGUAAGAAUAUAAUGUUAAAAAACCCUAGUCCAAUUUGCCUGACAUUAUUAUUUAAUUGGAACACCACUUAUCAUC